AUGCUUUUAAAAAAUUUAUUCAUCCUUUCUUGUCUCCUUUUUGCAACCUUAACCGCUGCACUCCCCUUCGAAGAUGUUCCAGGCCUUAAGAUUCUCAAACCUAGUGAGGGCGAUCGCUUUAAUCAAGGUGAUAAAUUGGUCGUGGAAUUUGAAAAGCACGAAAGCAUUAAAAGCAUUCUUAGUAUUCACCUCAACUAUGAAUUUUCCGGGUCUCAACAACAAUUCGCAUCGGACCUCAACUUGAAUGAAAACAAAUUCCGAGCCACCUAUACCUUGCUUGAUUCACUUCCUUCUAAUAUUGGCUAUUUUGUUGGUAUAUUAUACAAAAAUCAGACCGGGCAUACUGUUGGUGCUACAACAGCAUCAAUCACGAUUGGAAAUGCUAAAGGCGAUAUUAUCACUAUUCAACCAACCACCAACACUGUUCUUAAAGCUGGCCAACGUUUCACCAUAAACUGGAUAGCUCCUCCCAAUUUCUACCCCAAAUCCACUCUAAUUUCUCUUAUCCUUUCACUCAACUCUAUCAUUAAAGAUGAAUUUGUAUUUCUCACCGGUUCAACUUUGAUUCCUCUUAGCGACCAAAAGUUUGACGCUGUCGUUCCUGCAACGUUUAGACCUGAUAGAGGGUGUAAUAUUUUUAUUCAUAUACAUAAUGAAACUACAGGCGCAAUUCUUGCUUUUUCUUCGAACGCUUUCACUGUAAUCUAG